GACGCGCCCCAGCUCGACUACAAAAGACGACGGCUGCGGCGCGCCGGGCGGAACUUUCCAGAACGCUCGGUGAGAGGCGGAGGAGCGGCGGCUGCCGGGGCUGCACACAGUUACGCGCUCCUUCCCACUCCCUCACAACGGCCCCAGCCCGCUCACCGGCUGUAGAAAAUGGUGAAAGAAACCACUUACUAUGAUGUUUUGGGGGUCAAACCCAAUGCCACCCAGGAAGAAUUAAAAAAGGCUUACAGAAAACUGGCCUUGAAGUACCACCCUGAUAAGAAUCCAAAUGAAGGUGAAAAGUUUAAACAGAUUUCUCAAGCUUAUGAAGUUCUCUCUGAUGCCAAGAAAAGGGAAUUAUAUGACAAAGGAGGAGAACAGGCAAUUAAGGAGGGUGGAGCAGGUGGUGGUUUUGGCUCCCCCAUGGACAUCUUUGAUAUGUUUUUUGGAGGAGGAGGAAGGAUGCAGAGAGAAAGGAGAGGUAAAAACGUUGUGCACCAGCUCUCAGUAACAUUAGAAGACUUAUAUAAUGGUGCAACAAGAAAACUGGCUCUGCAAAAGAAUGUGAUUUGUGACAAAUGUGAAGGCCGAGGUGGUAAGAAAGGAGCAGUAGAGUGCUGUCCCAACUGCCGAGGUACUGGAAUGCAAAUAAGAAUUCAUCAGAUAGGACCUGGAAUGGUUCAGCAAAUUCAGUCUGUGUGCAUGGAGUGCCAGGGCCAUGGGGAACGGAUCAGUCCUAAAGAUAGAUGUAAAAGCUGCAAUGGAAGGAAGAUAGUUCGAGAGAAGAAGAUUCUGGAAGUUCAUAUUGACAAAGGCAUGAAAGAUGGACAGAAGAUAACAUUCCAUGGUGAAGGAGACCAAGAGCCAGGACUGGAACCAGGAGAUAUUAUCAUUGUAUUAGAUCAGAAGGACCAUGCUGUUUUUACUCGACGAGGAGAAGACCUUUUCAUGUGUAUGGACAUACAGCUGGUGGAAGCAUUAUGUGGCUUCCAGAAGCCAAUAUCUACUCUUGAUAAUCGAACCAUAGUCAUCACCUCUCAUCCAGGUCAGAUUGUCAAGCAUGGAGAUAUAAAGUGUGUGCUAAAUGAAGGUAUGCCAAUUUAUCGUAGACCAUAUGAAAAGGGUCGCCUAAUCAUCGAGUUUAAGGUAAACUUUCCUGAAAAUGGCUUUCUGUCUCCUGACAAACUCUCUUUGCUGGAAAAACUCCUACCUGAGAGGAAGGAAGUGGAAGAGACUGAUGAAAUGGAUCAGGUAGAACUGGUGGACUUUGAUCCAAAUCAGGAAAGACGGCGCCAUUAUAAUGGAGAAGCAUAUGAGGAUGAUGAACAUCAUCCCAGAGGUGGUGUUCAGUGUCAAACCUCUUAAUGGGGCCAGUGAAUAACACUCACUGCAGGCAUUUUAUAUGCAGUAGUGAAUGAGUGAAGGACUAUAAUCAUAAUAUGCUCACUACUUGCUAUUGUUUUUGUUUUAAUAUUCAAUUAUAGUAGUGUUUUAAAAGUUAAAUGAAGAAUAAACACAAAUAUAAAAGCUCUGACUUUGCCCUGUAUGUAUGAUGACUUCAGUGUGCAAGAAGUUGUUUAAUACCUGUAAAGACUACUUUUAAAAAAGUUCCCCUAGCAUCUGUUAGGCUUGUAAUUGAUUUCAGCUGUGUAUGUGGACAAACUUAGACUGAAAUACUAGGUAUAUGUGUUGAUUUCGGUGUAUGACCCUUCAUUGUUAAGCUAUAAAAUUAAAACUCUGUAUUUAACUUGCAAUCAGAAAAAGAAAACUUAAUUUGUAGAGGAGUGUUGGUCUGUCUAGUUAUUUGUAUUAAGUGGGACUCUUGUGAUGACUCUGCAUUCUAUUGCCUCAGCUUAUUUGAAGGUGACAUAAUGUAUAAUUUUGCUUCUGGUAUCAGUGAAAGAAAUGAUACCUUUCAAAAGAUGGGGUUUAUCAUAUGCUGCUUCUUAAGGGCUUGCACUUGUAGAAUUGCAUUCCCUUCUAUUGUGCCAUCUUUUAAAAUAUAUAUAUAUAUAUAUAUAUAUACAUACACAUAUAUACAAAACUGUGUUGACCAGUCCUGGUUACAUUUUUCCCUUCUCUUUGGACCAUGAAAAGCCCUGGUAGUGAAAUCCAGAGCUGGAUAACAUAGAAAUUAAAAUGAAGAGACCUAUACAUGGAAAAGUAGUUUGCAUGUAUAAUAUAGGAAGGUGUUCCUUAGGUAUGUUACAGACUUAAACCAUUUGAUUUGCCUUAUGCUCCAAAGUAACUGUAAUUUUUGAUGUUGGUAGUCUAGCAAAUAUGAUGAAUAGCUUUAACUGUAUGUUUAAAGUCAUCAUAUGUUCACAUGCUUAAAUCUGGAUAUCAGAAUUUAAGCAAUUCUUGAAAUGUAUGAAUGUCUCCUUAAUAUACUGAUUACAAAGCA